CGCAGCCGCUCCCGCCCGGGCCCGCCCCAGCCCCGCCGGGCGCUCCUCGCUAUGGCGGCCGCGCCGAGUGGCGGCAGCGGCCGGACCUGCUUCGUCCUUGGCGGCUCGGGGGAGACGGGCCGGGCGCUGCUGCGGGAGCUGCUGUCCCGGCGGCUCUUCGCCCGGGUGACGCUGAUCGGGCGGCGCCGGCUGAGCCUGGGCCCGGAGGCGGAUGCGGCCGUGGAGCAGGCGGUGGUGGACUUCGAGCGGCUGGGCGAGCACGCCGCUGCCUUCCAGGGGCACGACGUGGGCUUCUGCUGCCUGGGCACCACCAGGGCCAAGGCUGGCGCAGACGGCUUUGUCCGGGUGGACCGGGACUACGUGGCGCAGGCAGCAGAGCUGGCACGGGCAGGGGGCUGCAAGCACUUUAUCCUGCAGUCCUCCCAGGGGGCAAACGCACAGAGCAGCUUCCUCUACCUCCGCGUGAAGGGAGAAGUGGAGAACCUGGUCCAGGCUGUUGGUUUUGAUCGCUGUACCAUUCUCCGGCCAGCGGUGCUGCUGUGCAAGCGCCAGGAGUCCCGGCCCAUGGAGUGGGUAACUCGGCAGUUCCUGGGUGUUGUGGCUCGGGUCUUCCCCACCGCUUACUCAGUGCCUGUGGAAACAGUGGCCAGGGCUAUGGUGGCCUGUGUGCUGCAGCCAGGCGAGGAGAAGGUGAAGGUGCUGGAGAACAAGGCCAUCCAUGAGCUGGGAAAGGCAGUGCCACAGCAGGGCAUGUAGAGCAAAAGGGAUGGCAGGAAACAGCUUGGUUCACCAUUCAGACGCUCUUUUGGGCCGAGGAUGAACGCACGCAUGGGAGAGGUGCAGGGUGCUUAUAUGGCUAAUGUGGAGCCAGAGGUGGGUGCCCUUCUUUACACAGUGGCUCAUUCUGUCAAGGAAUCAAAAAUGCAGAUGCCGGAUGAGGAGAAACAAUGUGCUCUGCUGCCUGGAUCCAAAAAGCAAAUGCAGAUAAAGUGGUGUAAUCCAGGCCUUGAAUAAAACUCUAUGACUGA